AUGGCCGGUUCAACCAUCCUCAAGCUGGCGCUCUUCGCCUCCGCAGCACUCGCCAUGCCCUUCGACCUCCAGGAGCUCUCACAUCGCCACUACUCGCCAGGCUCGAACCCACCAUUCCCAAAAUUCAACCCUCACGCUGGCGAGUUCCCUCACAACAGCGUGCCAAUUCCUACCGGCACCGCCGUCGUUCCAACUGGUACUUCCAUCCCCAACCGCUUCGCGAAGCGUGACAACUUCCAAGGCUUCUACGCUCCUCCCUUCGCCACAGGAGCCCCAAGCGGCUACAUUUCCCAACCCACAGGCUUCAUCCCUCACCCAACGGGCUACGCACCAGCUUCUACCGGCUACUUCAAGGAGAAGCGCUUCGCCCCCUUCCCAACGGGCACUGGCGGUUAUCCAGCUCCAACGGGCUACGCGGCUCCCACUGGUGACCUCCACGAUUUCGAACCUCCUUUCCCUGCGCGUCGCCACCAACAUCAAGCUCGUCAAUUCGAGGGUCCUCGCCAGGGUGGGUUGAAGCCUUAUUUCCCGAUAGGCUAUGGUUCUGGUCCUGAGGGCCCUGUUCCAACGGCGACGGGUACUGCCACUGCGCCUCCGGUGCCGACUGCUUCGACUUGA